AGAUGGAAGCAGUUUGACUUCAAGCUUUGUAUUAUUCUAACGUGAUGACACCGUGUGUGCUGUUUGUUGUUUCAGGCGUUUUCAUUCUGUUAAUCCUUGCAAAAGCUCAAUCAGUCGAGUUUUUCACGGAUACACCACCAACAGAUUACUACCAAAGAAAAUCGUUAGAUGACUGUCCGUCAAGGUUCUAUCCUGAUCCUUACAAAUUCCUAUCGGUUCAAGUACAUGGAGGGAGACGAGCAUUUGCUGGAGAAUUCAUGCACAUGGCAGCCAUUGGAUGGACCACAGGUGGAAAAACUCAAUAUUUAUGUGGUGGAGCACUUAUUUCUUCAAAAUUUAUUCUAACUGCUGCUCAUUGUGCUGUGAAUGGAGCAAGUGUAAAGCCCGAUACUGUUCGUAUAGGUGAUACUAAUUUGGCGGGUGUGGAAGAUCACGAAACAGCGCAAAGUAUCCCCAUUCGUAGUUUUAGGAAGCAUCCUCUAUAUCGGCAUAGUAAAAAAUAUUACGAUAUCGCCCUCAUUGAACUCGAGUUCGAUGCUAAAUUUAAUCAAGCGGUUUGCUCUGCCUGUUUGUGGUUGGAGAAGAAUGUGCCUCCCGAAGAAAUGCAAGCAGUUGGAUUUGGCAUAACUGGCAUUGGUGAAAGCUUAAGCCCAACAUUGCAAAAAGUUACAUUAUCGGCAAUUGAUAUGAAAACGUGUGCCGAAAGGGUACCAGUUAGUAGACGUCACCAACCGAACGGUUUCGUCGAAGAGCAGUUUUGUGCCGGAAGUGAUCACAUGGAUACUUGCGAGGGCGAUUCUGGUGGUCCGAUUCAAAUUGAAAGAGAAGAUGUUGAUGGAACAUUGAUUCCGCUGAUCGUGGGCGUGGUGUCAUAUGGGACGCCUUGUUUCAAUGGAUCGCUUGGCGUGUAUACUCGUGUGGCUUCCUAUCGCGAAUGGAUCGAACAGGAAUUGCAACAUCCUAUUGACUACAUAACAUGCACACGAACCUCAUCAUGUUUGAAUAGAAAAUAUGUCAACUCAAAAAUAACUACUACAAAUUAUUGGGGACCAAUGUUUCGUGUGGGAUUACUGUGGAAUACUACUGAAAACAAUGAUUUUGAGUGUGGAGCAACAGUAAUAGACUAUCGUUUCGCGAUAACAUCGGCAUCCUGCGUGCACCUGAAUAAAGAUAAACCGCAUAGCAUCUUUGUGGAAAACAGUGAUGAAGUAAUACGAAUUGACGACAUAUUUAUCCACCCAAAUUUCAUGACUGAUAAACCUCAAAACGACAUCGCGCUGCUGAAGCUGUCCAAAUUCGUUAAGCACGACAUGAAAUUUGUGCCUGCAUGUAUUCGGAAACAUAUAGACGAAAUGGAUGAAGGUAUUCAAAGCAUCUCAAUUUAUGGUUCUAAAUAUGCAAACAAAGAGUCAUUCCGGAAAGAUGACUACGAACGGUAUACCAUCGAAACCGUCACAGACUCGAGCACCAAUGGGCAUUGCAGCAAUCCGGAAUAUUUACCUGAUUUUAUAUAUUGCGCAAAUAACUCCAUUAACCUAAUUCCAACUGUAUGCAGUGUGGAUCAUGGAGGUCCGGUUAGCCGAAAAAGUUUUAUAGAUCAAGUGCCAUAUCUUUAUGGAGUGGUGUCCAAGUUCAGCGAAGGAUGCGGAGAAGGUGUAGUUGCAACAAAAAUACAUCCACAUGUUGAAUGGAUUGAAGAGGUUAUAUUAAAAUCAUAAAUAAAUUAAUUGACCAGGUAUCCCGAGCAGUCGAAAAUAGCAUAUCAAAUCGUUAUUUGAUAGAUGCAUUUUGUACCAAAUCCUAUUCGAAGCUGGCAGCACUCUCUUAGAUUCCCAUGAAACUUUCUGGAGGUAUACACUUUGUCACAAAAAUGCACUACUAUCUUUUGUGUGUGCGAUCGUUCGUGUUGAUGCUGGGCACGCCAGCUUGACCGGCGGAACGCGAAGUGAAAAAAAUAAUUUCGGUAUCGGAAAGCAGAACACUUAUUGUGCGGGAUCGACCCUGUUGUCCAGGAAGUCGGAAAACAUUUCAGUUCAAAAAUGUCCUAGUAAAUUGAACAUCGCCUCUCAUAUAUUGUUAUUGUUAUAUAUUGUAUAUAUAACGAUAUUGUUCCUAAAGUAUUAGAUUUGGUUAGAACCAAACUCCUUUGUGAAAAAUCUGUCUCUUGGUCGAUUGUACUCAUCUGUGUUUUUUCUUCACA